CACAGUGCAGAGUAACAGAAGCAGCUCACUUUAACUCUGAUUGGCUGAGAGAAAAACCCGGCAGAAACAAGGAGACGCCGCUCUGUGGCCUGAGAGUCCAUGCAUGAUGUAUGAUCCAUCAGAAAACGGUCUGUUUGGCAUGUCUGACUAUGACCAAGUAGAAGACGAGUCAUUUCCCCCUCUUCCACCACCACUGUCCCCUGGAGAGGGCAACUAUGAUGAGGAUCCUGUGGCCAACGGUGAGGGUGAAGAAGGAGAGCUGUCCAAGCUACCUGAUGUUCCUGUAGCUAAAAGGCGAACUGUUAAGAGACCCCAGCCUAAACUAGACUCUCAGAGGCUGCUGUCCGAACGAGGACUUCCUGCCUUACGUACAUUAUUCGACGAUGUCAAAUUCAAAGGCAAAGGCCAUGAGGCUGAGGAUCUUAAGGUUCUAAUGAAGAAAAUGGAGAACUGGGCUCACAGACUUUAUCCCAAACUGCAGUUUGAGGAUUUCAUCGACAAACUGGAGGUAUUAGGAAGCAAGAAAGAUGUACAGACAUGUCUCAAGCGAAUUCGACUGGACAUGCCUUUGACGCAUGAGGAUUUCAUCGGAAACGAUGGCGAUGAAGCUGUGGUCCACUCUCAGGAGGAUGCAGACACGUUUGAAGAUAGAAGCUUUUCUGAAGAUCCAUUUAUCCACUCCACUCCUGCCCCUGCACCGGUCUCUCUUACAGAGGAACAGCAGCAGCGCAUUGAGCGCAACAAACAGCUGGCCCUCGAAAGAAGGCUGGCUCGGCAAAAACAGCUAGAGUCGUCGCAGUCGGCUUUUGCGGAUGAACCCGCUGCAAGUCCUACAGCACAUCAUGUCAGCCAUGACGACCAGAAAGAACUGGAUCAAACCACAGGCAACACUGACACACCUUUACAACAGGAUCCGGCAGAGACACAGAGCUCCCCUCAGCAUAACAGAUGUGACAGUCCAGUUCCAGAGAUAACAAAUAGCAGAGAUAAUGAGAGCGAUUGAUCAGUUUUACUCAGUCUAAAAGCUACUCUGUCACAGUAAGUUUGACUGUCACCAGAGUAAAAAAAAAAAAACUCAGUUGUAGCUUUUAGACUGAUAUGUACUUCCUUUGAUAAUCCAGCCAAAUGCUAAUAAACUAUUUGUAUUGUGCUUUACAUCCUCUGUGAGGAUCUAUAAGUUAAAUUCUCUUGCUUUAUGCUUUCCUUAUUUCCUCUAAUUAAAUAUAACCAUAAUUAAAAUGCAGAACACAUGCAGAAAUGCAGAACACAGCUGUUGCAGCUGACUAUUUUAUUAGUAUCUGGUGUUAUUAGGGUUUUUAUAUGACUUUCGUUCUUAAUUAUUUGUCAUAACAAUUAGAGUUAACAAGACAAGUCUAGAACCACACCACUACUGUUAAAUUCUGCACGUGAUCAUAAGAAAUGCAACAACACAGUGUCUAAUCUGAAGGACAGUCACCUAGGUCUUUAGCUUACGGUGCUUUUAUUAUAUUAUAUGGUAUUAAAGUGUAAUUUAAUCCAACUAUCACUACCAAAGGGUGUUUAACAGGAUAGUAGAGUUUGUUUAGGAAGCUUUUUCGAAGAGUUUUCAAAGUUCUUGUGCGUUUUCAUUACAUUGUAUGUCUUGGGUGUUUUUUUUUAUCAUAUUUCAUU